AGACAUCGCGCUUCUUUCAUUAAUGGAUAGUAAAAAUAACGCUAUUGAAUAUGUCUCUGAGUGGUUUAUAAAGACAGAUCUCCGGAUGAUAUGUGUGAAAAUGGAAAAAUCAAAUUAGUUUCUUGUCGAGCCAGGACUAUUUUACAAUAUCACAAACCUGAUGCUCAAUGCACAGAAAAGCAACAUCGAUCGAGAUUGCAGUUCCAUUUACGAAACAAACCCUAUGACAUUAUACGCACAAUGGCUCUGAAAGACUACUUCGUGUUUCUUGUAUGUCUAUUGGUUGGAAGUUUCACAUUCUGCGAUAGUGCCAAAGUUUUGUUCAUCGGGUUUUAUGGAGCGCCUAGUCACAUGACGGCCCUGAUUCCUAUAGGAAGAAGCCUUGUUGGUCGUGGUCAUGAGGUGACGUUUCUAAUCAAUGAUAUUAUGAGUGAUAACUACGAUCAGACGGAAUACACGGAAUAUUUCAAGUUUGAACGCUACAUUUAUCAAAAUCUGGAUCGAGAAUUAGUUCACUUGAACAAACAAGUAAAUGAUUUGGUUUUCGCCGAUGGCCACCUUAGUCAAAUGAUUGUUUUGGUAUCGUUGUUUGCGAAUCUAAAUCGUCAGAUUUGCGAGGCAAUAUUUAGCGACAAGAAGCUCAUGAAACGAUUGGAAAAGAUGGACGUCGUUGUUGGUGAUGUGUUUUGGCCAUGCGGGAUCUAUGUUAAGUCGUUCCUCUCGAAAUAAAUGAACAAACAAGUUCACGGAGUCCUUGUUUCACCGACUGCGACGAACGUAUACGUACAGCAGCUUGCUGGAUCACCAGUUCACCUUUCAUAUCAACCUAUGUCUAACACAAGACUGUCCUGUAACAUGACGUUCUUGGAACGCGUCAUCAAUACUAUGGCCUACCUGGUAGGUAACUUAUUUAGUCAUAUCUUGGUUGAGAGGCCCUAUUACGAAAUAGCAGACACAUACAGCCUGGAUCAGAGUAUAAAAAGCUCUAUUAAGGAUGAAGUCAAUCUUUAUCUCAUCAACACCGAAUUCGCAGUUGAGUUCCCGUAUUCCUUAACGCCAAACAUCAUCCCUGUCGGUGGGUUAACGACAAGAGCAGCUAGACCUUUGAAUGAUGAAUUGGAAAACUUAAUGCAAAGUUCUGGAGAGCGAGGAGUCGUUGUCUUCUCUCUUGGUUCAAGUUUCACACAGCUAACUAAGUCUAAACCUGAGCUCACUCAAGUUUUCCUGGAGGCAUUUGGUCGUUUGCCUCACAAGGUGUUGGUUCAUCUAGAAGCAGAUUCCCUAGAGGAAAAACCUGAAAACAUCAAAGUGCUGCCAUGGCUUCCCCUCCAGGAUAUUCUUGGUCACCCUAAGACUCGUCUCUUGGUCUAUCACGGUGGCAACAAUGGCUUCCUCGAAGCAGUCUAUCAUGGUGUUCCUCUCGUCAUCAUGCCCCUAGUUGGUGACCAGAUCGACAUCUCCAUAAAGGUCAAGACAAUGAGACUAGGUACCACCCUUGACAAGAUGCAGUUGAGCGCUAACUACAUCUACCAAACCCUGACAGAAGCUCUGCAGAAUCCAGAGUACAGUAAGAACGUGAAGCGUGCCUCGGCUAUUUUCAAAGACCGGCCAAUGACAGCCCCUGAUCGAGCAGCUUUUUGGAUUGAGCACGUCAUCAAACAUGGUGCUAAGCUACAUGCGAUCCCCUGCCCACGACUUAUCGUUUAUUCAGUAUUAUUUAUUAGAUGUGAUUUUGGUGAUAACUUCUUUAAUUUUGACAAUAAUGUAUCUCGUUUACAAACUGCUUAGAUUGUGCUUGCCUCCAUAUUACUGUAAAAGGAAAAAUCAAGAAUGACUAGAUUGUUCAUUAAUGUUUUUCAUUCCUUUUUUUUUAGAAUGGACUCAACAUGUUAAAGAUGAGCAACUUUCAUAGUCUAUAUACAAUCUGCCUUACAAGUCUAUCAUCAUAUGCGGCUCCUUUUCGGAUCAUUUGGACCCAUAUCUCUCAAUCAUUAUGCCAUUCUCCCGGUCUCAUCUCCUUGUCUUUCUUUUGUGCUUUAUGUACUUCUAUUAUGCAAAUAAAUCAGGUUUUUAUUAUGAUUCUAUUCAGGAUAUAACUGUCCAAAUGUUAGGCCCGUUCUUCACACAAGGGAAUAUUAAUGUAGGGCCUACCUCAGAAAUGCAAUUGUGCUACAUAUUCCAAUACAUAUAUAAAAGAGCAGGGAUCUGCAUCUUUUCACAGGAUAAUAAAUUUGUAAAUUAGACACUGAUGUAUAUAGCAUAUCACACAUGGCAAACGUAAUUGAUUUAUUUAAACGCGCCAGAGUAGAAGACAAUCGUCGAUCAGAAUAGGGGCCCGUUUCUACUUCAUGCAAAUAAACUUGCAAUGAGUUACUCUAAGAGGAGGAUAGACAAUCACAAAAAAUAGGUAUUUUCUUACGUAUCGAUUAAUUGCAGGCAAACAAAAAGUAUCUUUGUCUAAUGAACCCCCAAAUGGUUCCAGUAGUCACAAUAUUAUUACUGUUUAUGUUUUGAUUGUGUCGUGUUUUCUCACAUUCAUGGGAAUAACGGGCAUAAAUACAACUUCAAAGUGUGCAUACAAUGUGAAAUAAAACGAGUCAGCUGGAUGCUGAAGUCAAGUUAUUACGUAUCUAAUCACUUUUUUUAGUUUGAAUAAGAUUAGCUGAUUAAGACUUCAGUGAAAAACAAGAGAACCAUCCAACAUAAUUACUUUUACGGUUUGGCUUUAAAAAAAAUUUAUUCUCAAACUAACAAAACGGUGCGGUAAGGACACAUGGUAUGUAUUAAGUCUUAAUUGUUGACAGGGACAAAUUUAUGGCAGAGAAUAUUUUGUCAGAGGAAUUAUCAUUGGAAAGGAUAUGCCAAAGUACUAUUGACAUGAACUGUUUCAUUUUGCAAACUGCAAUCGACUGACGACUAAUCAAAGAAAAUAAUUCUGCAACAUGGAAAUAGAAGGAUUAGGUUGAGGAUGAUGGAAUGUGCAGUGGAUCGGGCAAGAGGUUAGGGCGUUUGCUAGAGUUAACAUGAAUCAAGCUAUAAUCACCAAGGGACAAACCCGAAGUCAAUUCUUCAGACAUUUCUAAUAAGAUUGUUGAAAGAUCUUUUUGGAUACACAUCAAUGUUCACAAAGACAUUUACAAGAACCAUCAGCUAAAGAGAGUAUCUGAAAGUAUCUACAAAACCCCCACAGCUUACGAGAUGAACCAAGUAAAAACAGAGGCACAGAAAAUUAUUGUUUACGGAUAUUGACCGUAUUUUAUCUAAAGUAGCCCCCCCCCCCUACAUGUAAAUAAAACAUACCUAAAAGAUAUCAAAGAUUCCAUGAGGAGUCCUGAUGUAUCUCAAUGCCAUGUAGUAUCAUGGUUUGCAUUGUUUUGUUAUGCCUUGCUCUUCUGGCCUUGGCUGUGGUCAAAUACUCUUACCCCAUCAUAGUCUCAGAUAGAAAUGACGAAUACAAAACAAAGGUAAAAUCUGUAUCACUGGACUUUAGUCCUUCGGUCUAUGAGCAGUGGUUAUAAGUACCAUUAAAACACUGCUAGAUUCCAACCGAUUGUGAUCAUUAUCUUGCCUUUAACACCUUAUCAAUGUCUACGUCAUUGUGUCUCUGACAAAAACGAAUUAUAUCCCACCGCUGCCACCAUUAUAAUGGAGCCUUCAUUGAAAAUUAUGUGAGGUUGACUUAAUCACCCAUACCUCUACAACUCUACCAAUACAUAUAUCGCCUCUGCCAUCCAAGUGGAGGAGGCUUUUGUAAUUUUUCAGUCUGAGCAAGCAUUUACCACUUUAAUAAACUAGUCUACAAAAAUAUUAUAUGAUCCUUGUCUGUUUCUGAUCCUGUUGAAGUAUUUCCCAAGGGCACUCGGCAGAGCUGCGUUCCACCGCAUCAAUGCUAAGCUGGUAUAUAACCAAUUACAUAGGAAACAUUUUACCUGUAAGUUGAUCAGUCAUAGCGGCUGACCUUAUAGACGACAGAAAACAAAUUCUCCGACCUUUAUGGUUAUAAUUAGAGACAAUGGCCGAGCUGAGAUUCAAACUCAUAACCUCACAAUCAUGCCUCCAUAUCAUUAAACUUCUACAUCACACAUCUAUUCAAAGGCCCCCUCAAAACAUACAGACUUCCACCACAACUUGAUCCUACCACUGCCACCUACCUUUAUUGUGGACUUUUUUUUAGUCAGGUUGACUCUUCAUAAUCUUCUCUCACCAUCUUUGCCAAGCCACCCUCCACAACACAUCCCACUGCUGCCACAAUUAUAUGACACACACGCAUUUCUUAUGAUCUAAUAAAAUUGUCCCUUUAUUACCCUAAUCACCACUUAACUAAUGCCUUCACCACAUAGAUGUUACAUUUCAUUGGCCUCCAUCACAUCCCAACACUGCCUCCAUAUAUACAGAGGAGGCAUUGAUAAAGGCAUGACAUACCAAAAAAUAACAAAGCAGAUGAUAUGAACAGAUAUUAUCAUACGUAAAAGGUUCUCCACACUCACCUACUUCUUUUCUCUCUAAUCAAAUAAAAAUAAAUGUCUCACAUUCCCUCUUGAUAUUCUGAAUCCUCACACUCCAGAAAAAAACAUUUAGAAUGAUCAAAUGGAUUAUCAAUAUACAGUACUUCGAAUCAAUAGAUAACUAUCCAAAGUUUUUAUGCUAUUCAUGGAAUACUGUUUAUUGAGACAGCAAUAUCAAUAAAGAGAAGGAAUCUAAUCCAUUCUAGAUAUAGAUUAAAUUCUACUGGUUACACUUUGGAUAAUCGGGUAUUCAAAUAUACAAGUACAAAUGAGAAAAAAACAUAGCAAAAUGGGUUUCAUUGUAAACAUGUGGGGGUAAGAACUUGUGCAACUAUCUUGAGAUUUGGUCAUUUUGUAAUUCCAUGUGAUUGACAAUGGCUCUUUGCAGUUGCUGUGUACAACUAUAGAAUUAAAACAUUUUAUUAACAAGAGGAAAUCAAGAGAAAAAAAUAAUAGGGAAACACAGAGAGGGGAAGAAUGGGAGAAAGUUAAAUGGGGGUGGGGUGGGAGAGAAAAGAUAAAAUAGAGAGUAAUGUAGUGACAAUAUUGAGCUUUCUUAAUGGGUAAGUCCAUCAAACAGAAACAUGAUAUGAAUAAAUGAAUCAAUUUUUUAUGUAAAUUAGAGUAAAACCAUUUUUAUAUUUUGCUUGAUUUUAUGAAAACAGUUAUACAUGUACAUCAUGGUUGGUAUGGAAAUGAGGAAACAGAUGACAUCACCCACCCACCAUUUUCUUUUUGUUUAUUAUUAUGAAACAUGGAGUAUUUUUAUUUCUCCUCAUAAUAAUGUGCAACAAAUUUGCUUUGUAAGCAUGUGGCAUUUCCACUCUUUUAACUUAU